CAACGUUGGGCCAAUGCAUCAUCAUGCAUUGGCCCAACGUUGGUCCAAUGUAAGCUUGCUGUCUGGGUAUAAACAUAGAGAUCAUUUAUUGUCUCGCAAGAUUAUUUGUGCUUGUUGUGGUAAAAAAAAAUUAAAAUGUUCUAUGCUGGAACCUGGAACUCAGUUCCUAAAUCUGGUUCAAAUGUAUGCAAACAGCAACUACAAUCCAGAUCUACUUUGCAAGGUUUACUUAUACUCUGCCAAAAAAGGAGAGUCAUUAUCUAUUGUAACUUUAGAAAAUUGGUUGCUCACAUCUGAGAGAAUUAGAUUACUUCCAAGAUUUAAAGGUGAUGCAGAGUCAACCUGUGAUUGUCCACUAUGUGUUAUGUCCAGAGAUAAAUCCAAAGAGGUAAACCUGAAGGAUGUUUUAAGUGUUUAUUUAAAUGAACCUGAGAUAUCAAAUGAAGUUAUUAAAAAAAUUUGCUUUAAUUGUUAUCAAAGAAUCGAUGUGGGAAUUCGACAUUCCUGUAGUAAGAAAGAUACUGUGGAGAACUUAAGAAUGUUGCUAAUCUCAAAAGGUUUAAAAACAGUAGAACAAGUCCUCUCCAAAUCUUUAAAAGAAAUCCAGCAAGUUCAAAACAUUCAAAUGGGGGAAAAAGUCAAAUUUGGGAGAAUUGAGAACUUUCAAAAAGUUAAAGUUGCUGUAUGGAAGUUUUGCUGA